AUGGGACGUGUCCCUAGCCUAUUGCUUCUCGGUGGUGCCAAUGGACAUCAUAUGUAUGGCUUAGCUGUCGCUCCGGACGACCUCCAUUUCGCUACAAUCUGUGAAGACAGGUGUGUGCGUUUGUGGGCACUUCAUCCAAACACAUCCCCUGAGAAGACGUAUUAUGAGCUGGCACUGCCCACGAUUCCUAGUGUGAAGUUGCGAAGCGUGGCGUUUAGCCCUUGUGGGAAGCUUCUCGCCGUUACUUCCUCUGACAAUCGAGUCCUCAUCUUUACCACACCAAGCGACUCACUUAGUCUUAGUACUCAGUGCACUCGCGUUAUUCGACGCUGCAUUACACGUCGUCUCAUGGAGGUGUACCCAACUCAGACUGCUGCUUUGGAUGCCAGGGGCAGCAAGUUCAGCAUCUCCGGGCUGCCAAAUCGUCUGUUUUGCAAGGCUGCUUCAUAUCUCCCUCUCCCACCCCAUUUGAUUCUCAAUCUGUUUCGUGAAUUCGGUUCCCAUUCACAACCAUACUUUCAUGCAAACAUGCCGUCUCUAGUUUAACGAACCGUAUUUUCCAGUGCAUAUUUUGCAGCCGGAGGCACCGGAACUCAUCUUUUUUGUGACUUUAUGUAGCCCAAACUGGUUUCUCAUCUAUUUUUGAUUUCCACAUUUAUUUAUCAAACAUCACCAAUAUUUUAUUGUUCUGGGUGAGUAUUUCUAAUAGGAGACCAUUAUGUAUUCUACCCAUUCUUUCCCCACCUUCUCGACAAUCUGUGUUGGCGGUGUGUCCAAAAUUAGGCUAGUAAUGAUAACAUUCGCUUUUUUUGCUAUAGGUCCUCAUCCUUAUUUAUUGUUUCCAUCGUUGCUCCGCAGUGUUAUCAACAAAUCCGCUUCCGUUUUCCCCUCAUUUCUCGUACAUUAUUAGAAUGCGUUUGGUGUAUUACAACUUAUCGAGCAUGUCUA